AGCCUCUCCGGAGCUACCCGUCUCAUUACGUCACUGCCAGCCUUGCUUGGGCGGCAACCGGCGGGAGUUUUUCAAAAUGGGAGCGCGGAGGCGCUGCCCAGCCCUCGGAAGGUGUCUGGGAGACCUUUCGGUGGCUGUACCGUCGUCGCCUGGAGCGGCGGCCUAGAGAGCCGAGCCUGAUGGGCGCCAAGACUGGCUGGCUGCUUGGAGCGCUGCCUCGAAGCGACUGCGUGAAGGGAGCUAAUCCGGGGAGCACAGGCCGGGGCCUGGAAAUAUGGCGACCUGCAUCGGGGAGAAGAUCGAGGAUUUUAAAGUUGGAAAUCUGCUCGGUAAGGGAUCGUUUGCUGGUGUCUACAGAGCUCAGUCCAUUCACACCGGUUUGGAAGUUGCAAUCAAAAUGAUCGAUAAGAAAGCCAUGUACAAAGCUGGAAUGGUACAGAGAGUCCAAAAUGAGGUGAAAAUACAUUGCCAAUUGAAACAUCCUUCUAUCUUGGAGCUUUAUAACUAUUUUGAAGAUAGCAAUUAUGUGUACCUGGUAUUAGAAAUGUGCCAUAAUGGAGAAAUGAACAGGUAUUUAAAGAACAGAAUGAAACCCUUCUCAGAAAAUGAAGCUCGACACUUCAUGCACCAGAUCAUCACAGGAAUGUUGUAUCUUCAUUCUCAUGGUAUAUUACAUCGGGACCUCACACUUUCUAACCUCUUACUAACACGGAAUAUGAACAUCAAGAUCGCUGAUUUUGGUCUGGCGACUCAGUUGAAAAUGCCACAUGAAAAGCAUUAUACAUUAUGUGGGACUCCUAAUUACAUUUCACCUGAAAUUGCAACUCGGAGUGCACAUGGACUUGAAUCCGACGUUUGGUCCUUGGGCUGUAUGUUUUAUACCCUGCUUAUCGGGAGACCACCUUUUGACACUGAUACAGUCAAGAACACGUUAAAUAAAGUAGUACUGGCAGAUUAUGAAAUGCCGACUUUUUUGUCAAGAGAGGCCAAGGACCUUAUUCACCAGUUACUUCGUAGAAAUCCAGCAGAUCGAUUAAGUUUGUCUUCAGUAUUGGACCAUCCUUUUAUGUCCCGAAAUUCUUCAACAAAAAGUAAAGAUUUGGGAACUGUAGAAGACUCAAUUGAUAGUGGACAUGCCACAAUUUCUACUGCAAUUACAGCUUCUUCCAGUACCAGUAUAAGUGGUAGUUUAUUUGAUAGGAGAAGACUUUUGAUUGGUCAGCCACUCCCAAAUAAAAUGACUGUAUUUCCAAAGAAUAAAAAUUCAAAUGAUUUUUCUUCUUUAGGAGAUGGAAGUAGUUUUUAUACUCAGUGGGGAAAUCAAGAACAAGAAACUAUGAAUAGUGGAAGGGGGAGAAUAAUCCAAGAUGCAGAAGAAAGGCCACAUUCUCGAUACCUUCGUAGAGCCCACUCCUCUGAUAGAUCAGACACUUCUAACAGUCAAUCUCGAGCAAAAACAUACACAAUGGAACGAUGUCACUCAGCAGAAAUGCUUUCAAAAUCUAAAAGAUCAGGAGUAGAUGAAAAUGAAGAGAGAAACUCACCUACAAACAGCAAUGUCAAUAUUUUUCAUUUUAAAGAAAAGACAUCCAAUACUUCUGGAUCUUUUGAAAGACCUGACAACGAUCAAGCGCUCUCCAAUCAUCUUUGUCCAAGAAAAGCUCCUUUUCCGUUUUCAGACCAGAUAUCUCAGACUGAAAUGGUACAGCAGUGGUUUGGGAAUAUGCAACUAAAUGCUCAUUUAAGAGAACCUGGUGAACAUCAUGGCAUUAGUCCAAACAGAGAUUUCCAGGGCCAUCCAGAUUUGCAGAAGGACACAUCAAGAAAUACCUGGACUGAUAAAAGAGCCAGAAAGAACCCUGAUGCAUCUGAUAAUGCGCAUUCUAUAAAACAGCCGAAUCCCAUGAAAUACAUGCCUGCACCUCACAGUAAACCAGAGAUAAUUCAACAAGGGUCUGUUUUUGGCUAUGAUCCUCUUUCUGAACAAAGCAAGACUAUGACUAUGGAGCCACCAUCAGGUUAUCAGAAACAGACAUUGCGAAGUGUUACAUCUCCUUUGACUGCUCACAGGUUAAAGCCAAUCAGACAGAAAACCAAAAAGGCUGUGGUGAGCAUACUUGAUUCAGAGGAGGUGUGUGUGGAGCUUCUAAAGGAGUAUACAUCUCAAGAAUAUGUGAAAGAAGUUCUUCAAAUAUCUAGUGAUGGAAAUACGAUCACUGUUUAUUAUCCACAGGAUGGAAGAGGUUUUCCUCUUGCUGAUAGACCACCCUCACCUACUGAUAACGUCAGUAGGUACAGCUUUGACAAUUUGCCAGAAAAAUACUGGAAAAAAUAUCAGUAUGCUUCCAGAUUUGUACAGCUUGUAAGAUCUAAAUCUCCCAAAAUCACUUACUUCACAAAAUAUGCUAAAUGCAUUUUGAUGGAGAAUUCCCCUGGUGCUGAUUUUGAGGUUUGGUUUUAUGAUGGAGCAAAAAUACACAAAACAGAAGAUUUAAUUCACGUGAUUGAAAAGACUGGGAAAUCUUACACCUUAAAAGGUGAAAGUGAAGUUAAUAGCUUGAAAGAGAAAAUCAAAGUGUAUAUGGACCAUGCUAAUGAGGGGCAUCGUAUCUGUUUAGCACUGGAAUCUGUAAUUUCAGAAGAGGAAAAUAAAAGUGGAAGUGCUCCCUUUUUCCCAAUAAUUAUAGGAAGAAAACCUGGCAGUACUAGUUCACCUAAGUGCUUAUCACCUUCUCCUGUGGAUCCAGAUUACCCAGUCAGAGAUACACCAUCUUUGAAUACAAUGAUCAUGAAUAGUGCUACUUCUCUAAAACAGGCACCAAUACUUAAUCCUUCUAUGGUUACAAAUGAAGAACUUGGCCUUACAGCUACAGCUUCUAGAACAAACAUCUCUUCCAGUAGCCUAAAAGAUUGUCUUCCUCAAUCGGCACAGCUUUUGAAAUCUGUUUUUGUGAAAAAUGUUGGUUGGGCUACACAGUUAACUAGUGGAGCGGUGUGGGUUCAGUUUAAUGAUGGAUCCCAGUUGGUUGUGCGGGCAGGAGUGUCUUCUAUCAGUUAUACAUCACCAAAUGGGCAAACAACUAGGUACGGAGAAAAUGAAAAAUUACCAGAAUACAUCAAACAGAAAUUACAAUGUCUGUCUUCCAUUCUUCUGAUGUUUUCUAAUCCAACUCCUAGUUUUUGUUGAUUAAAACUCCAUUUAGAUAUAUAUGUUUAAUAAAUAACUUUAUUGGCUUUCAAGUAAAGUGACUUUUUAUUUAAUAACUGCUUCAGAAAGCCUUUCUAUGAAAAAGAAUUUUAAUCUGUACCAUAAUAGAUGUAUUUAAACCAGAGAACAAAACAGAAUGAAACCUGAGUCACUUAUAAAAUGUAGUGGUCACAGAGUAAAAUAGAUUGGAAACCUAACUUUGCUCUUAGAACAUGCCCCCAAACUUAUGUUCAUAUAUUUGUAUUGACCAGUCUUUUAAAUGCAAAAUAUAAAUGAUGUGUGGUAUAUCUGUGGUUUUAUGGUUUUCCCUACUUCUCAGACAUGUUGAGAAUCAUGGACAAAACAUGCUGGAGUUUUUGAAUUUUUGAACAUGUAAAAUAUGUAUUUAUGUUACAAGUAACAUAUGUAAAAAUGUAUAUUUGUUUUAUAUUUAUUUUUGUAGCACAAGUUUUUCAUGACAUACUUCUGCAAAUGCAUUUUAUAAAAAAAAAUAAAUGCAGUGAUAAGUUACUUUAUCUUUUGGUUUAUUUAAUUAAUUCCUUUUUAAAGUAAGUCCCUAAUAAACUCAUUUUUAUAUUUUACUGCCUGUGUGUAUAGGAGGACAAAUUAAAUUUUAAAAUUUAAAUUUGCAAAUGGUAAAUACAUUGUUUUUCUGCCCUUAUCUGGAAAUAUCUAUAUAUUUAAUGAUACUUACACAU